ACCAUUAUGGUCAUACGUAGAAAUCAGUAAUGAGAGUUUGGAUCAGUUGAAGAAAGAACAAGAAGCCUUUGAGAAAAAGAAAAGCAUGGCAUCAUCUGGUUAUAUUAACUUUGCUUCAAUUUUACAUGAUGAUGUUAAGGGUGGUCUAAAAAAAAGAAAAGUUGUUGAUGUUACUCAGAAAUCAAUUAAGGAGUCAUUUAGUUUACAAGGACGGCAAGAAUUAGAUCUAAAAGUGGCGGCAUUUUUCUAUGCUAAUUGCAUACCAUUUAAUGUAGCUAGAAGUCCAUAUUGGAGAGAUUUAGUUACAUAUAUUGCAAAUUGUAACUUGUCUGGGUAUGUUCCCCCUAGUUCGGAAAGACUUCGCACUAUACUACUAGAACAACAAAAGUCUCAAGUGAACAAUUUGUUAGAGUAUCAAAAGUUAACUUGGAAGCAACACGGAGUUUCUAUUGUUUCUGAUGGCUGGACAAAUUUGCAAAGGCGCCCUUUUAUUAAUUUCAUUGCAACUUCAGCAAAUAGACCAAUUUUUUUAAAAGCAAUAGAUGCAUCUGGUGAAUACAAAAGUGCUGAGUAUUUGAAAGGAUUGUUCAUGGAAAUAAUUGAAGAAGUGGGGAAAGAUAAGGUUGUUCAAAUAAUUACAGACGAUACACCUAUAUGCAAAGCAGCUGGAAUUGCGAUAGAACAUGAUUAUCCUCAUAUCUUUUGGACUCCUUGUGCAGUCCAUAGCUUAAAUUUGGCUCUAAAGGGUAUAUGCAAUCCACCAAGCAAAGAGCAAGAUCCUCAUGCUUAUGAAUUAUGUUCAUGGAUUGAAGACUUGGAAAAGGAUGUGAGGAACAUCAGAAAUUUUAUAGUAAAUCAUCAAUAUGCACUUUCCAUUUAUGACAAACAUUCUGAUCUAAAAUUGUUAAGAGUUGCAGAGACACGUUUUGCAUCUUUAAUUGUUAUGGUCAAAAGGAUGAAAAGGGUUAAAAGUGCAUUGAUCAGUAUGGUGACUGAUGAUGAUUGGAAUUUUUAUCGUGCUGAUGAUGAUGACAAAGCUCAAGCAAUCAAAAGAUUGAUUCUUGAUGACAAGUGGUGGGAUAAAAUCUUUUAUUUUCUUGCAUUCACAGAGCCUUUUUGGGAGAUGUUGAAAGUUCUUGAUUGUGAUAAUUCAACAUUGCAUCGUGUUUAUGAGAUGUGGGACACUAUGAUUGAAAAAAUCCAAGAUGUCAUUUUUAAGCAUGAGAAAAAAAAUAUUGCAUUUGAAGAUUCAGCAUUUUUUGUUCAUGUGCGUAAAAUAUUGAUUGCAAGAUGGGAUAAAAGUAGCACUCUUCUUCAAUGCAUGGCACAUUCAUUGAAUCCUAAAUAUUAUGGAAAAAAGUGGCUUGCACAAGGUAUUGGAAGAACUCCACCACAUAAGGAUCCAAAAUUAUCAAAAAACAUAUUGGCAUGUCUUAAUAGGAUUUUUAUUGAUGUACAUCAAAAUCGCGAAGCUCAUGAUGAGUUUGAAAGGUUUUCUACCGGAAUUGGAGAAGAUCUAUGUGCAACUGUAGAUAAAGAUGAUUAUGCACCUAUGUCUUGGUGGAUUAAACAUGGAUAUGCUUAUCAUACCCUUCAACGUCUUGCUUUGAGAUUGCUAGUUCAACCUGCUACAUCUUCAUGCUCUGAGAGAAAUUGGAGUACAUAUUCACAAAUCCACACUAUAAAACAAAAUAAUCUCACAAGCAAACGUGCAAAAGAUUUGGUUUAUGUGCAUUCUAACCUUCGGCUUUUAUCACGAAACAAAGAAGAAUAUAGGAAAGGAGAAACUAAAAAUUGGGAUGUGAAUGUAGAAGACCUUAACUUAGAAGAAGACAAUGAACUUGAAGUUGUUAAUUCAAGAUUCGAAGAACCUUCUAUUCCAUCAACAUGUUCUAAUGUGGAAGAAGAGGAGAACGAUUUGGGCAUUGACUAGAAUGAUGAUAAACAAUGUUUUGUGAUAAACGAUGUUUGUUUGAGACUUUCUUACCAUAUUGUAAGAGUGAACUAUUAAUGUUAUUUUUCAUUUUAUCGUUUUUUAGAAUAUAAAAUUUGCCAUAUCGUACCGAAACCCAUGUGACAUAGGUUGCAGUCCACCUCAAAGAUCAUGACAAGGUGACAUUUAUUUGUCAUUUUGGUACAUUUGCAUUUAGGAGAAUUUUGAUAAACCUGUAUAAUGUGCCCACAAAUUUUUGAAGGUGCAUACUUUCAAUCUUCUUUGAGCUUCUUGAUGAUGUUAUGUAAGUUUU